AUGACCCAGACUGCAACGACCACCGUAUCCGUAUCCAUGAACCAGACGGCAACGACCACCGCAUCCAUGACCCAGACGACAGCUGCAGAGGCCAACCAGUCGAAAACGGAGAUCUCCGGAACAAGCCAAGCAGCAGCCGUAACUUCAACAAUAAGCCAAACACGAACCCGCACAAUAUCCUCGACGACGUCCCCCACGCAAACCUCGACUCAACCGCGAGCGGCUGCGGCUGAGCCUAUGGCCAACACAGAGGUCACAGAGGUCCCAUGGCUUGCGCUCUUGUGCUUUCUGGCGGGCUUUGCUGUUCUCGUCGCGGUGCUGGGCUUCCUCUGGCGGAGGUGGAAGAAGAAGCCUGGUCGGGAGGUUUUGGAUGUCCGGGAGCCAGGCGACCAGGAUACACAGACCGACCUUGAGGUUCAGCAGAAGAGUCUCUUUGAAAGUGUUGCUCCCGGUGCUGCUCCUCCGCAGUCCUCGAAUGGAUCAGGCACAGGAUGCCAAGUUGCAGGGGAAACCUCCAUGCAAGUUCUGGAAGUCAGGCCAGGCGACCAGGACACAGAAAAGAUUCUGCUUGGAAGUGCUGCUCCGCCAGAGGAUCAAACACAGGAUGCCAAGUCGCAAGAGCAAGCCUCCAUGCACACAGUUCUUGGUGUCGAGCCUGACGACCAGGAUAUAGACCUUGAGGUUUCAGGCAGUGCAGUUUUGCAUGACCCGCGACAGGACUCACGGGAGGUCCUGGAGGCAGAUCAGCUCGAGCCGCAGCUCAGGGAUAGCGUUAGUUCAUCCUGGUGGUGCUGGUGUGGGGUGGAGGCACCGGAGCCUAUCGUGCCCGACAGCAGCCUCAAGCUGGCUCGGGAUAGGGAGAGAAGCCUCAGCGAGGCUGUUCUCAGCGUGGAGAAGCGGACCCGCACGCUCUCCUCCACGUCCAGCCUGCAGGCACCCUGUCGGGAGGAAGAGGCGCCCCGAAUUGCCAUGAUCUCGGCCCGGUUCAACGACAAAAACAAGAAGACAGAGAUGAAAUUCCGUGAGGUGUGUGAUACGCUGCGGCAACGACAGCUCGAGGUGUUGAUGGUGGAAGCAGGUGGUGGUGAAGAUUUCGGAACUCUCACCGCCAUGUAUCUGGGAAAGUUGAAAAAGAAGAAGGGCAUUAUGCUUGCGGUUUGCACACCCGACUAUGGAGAGAGGACGUCCAGUCCCUACUGCACGUAUGCAGAGCUCAAGUUCGCCAUGGACCACGGUAUCGACAUUCUUCCUCUCAAGGUUGAUAGCGUAUACCCUCCCAGCCCGCCAUGCGAAGAUGGUGUUGCAAGUGGGUUGGUUCAGAUGGCAAUGCCUGACAACAAAGUAUACAUCGACUGCGUGGGCAAGUCCGUGGACGAUAUUGCAGCAAAGAUCGAGGAGAAGCUGCGGAGCUCCAAGGCAAGAGGCAGGAGCGGUCAUGGCUGA